AUGCAGAUUGAAUUGCCCGUACAGCAGGUUGAACGACAUAUAACGCAGGUGGAACGGAAUGGAACGUCCCGACCCGCGAACUACCUGUCCAAAGUACGAACAUUUGGUGAGCGACCUGGAACGGCAGGAAAGAAAAAAUUAAACAAACAAAAUAUAUUCCGGAAGCUUCGUCGGACGCGUUGCCUGCUGCAGUGGGUGGAAUCUUCGUUAAAUGUUGGACGUAAUGACAAGCCAUUAAGUGUACCGAAGCAAGUCUUUCGACUGAAGGUGGAAUUUGACGUAGUUGAUUCGACGCUCGCACUCAACAUACAAAACAUGUGCUCCCAGGUGUUGAUCCUUCGCUCGAUCUUUCUGUACUACGAAACGUACAAGCGUGUCUCGUUGUUCGAUGGUGUUAUCCGCAUGGUGUCCGGGUACGAGUUUACGAUGGAAAAGAAUAUCCACGAAAAGGAGGAUCGUUCGUACCAUCUGGUGCUACUCUGUCACGUGCUCGGCACCAACUAUAAACUUCGCGAAACCGUCAUGAUCCAUAAGUUAAUGCCGAGAAAACCGCGCGGCCUUCCUCUUCGAUUAUCAAAGUUGCCACUUUUCGAGGUGCCAGACUACGUGCAGGAUGUUUACUUGAACGGGUUUCUGACUGCCCAGCACUACAAUCGCAACGCAAAACUGUGGCUGGAACGCUUCAGAAAGUACCGCGAGGAGCAGCUUAACUCAUCGAACUACAUUGAAUACCUGCGUAUGCUGAAUCAGAUCGAUGAGUUCGAUAGCCACCUUCAGAUGUUGCGAUACACGAUCGAAACUGCUACGCUAGAGGAAAUGACGGCACCGAAGGAGUAUCUGCUCACUAUCGAACAGUUCAAAGUGCCUCCCGUGUUGCUAGACAUUAGUUCGCACGUGCACGUAUUCUAUGCACCGAAUUUGCCGUGCGUAACACGUGGAUGCAUAAUCGAUUGUAGUUCGCAUUUCAUCAUCAGAACGGAAAUUCCAUUAAGAAAGCUGUCCUCGUUAAAGCUCACCUUUCCCCUAAACCGUACGCGGUAUAAGAUGGAAUAUAUGGCGCUUAAUUACCUAUGCAGUCUUGAUCUGAACAGCGUCGUUUUUCCCUCCCCGGAAGCGAGCAAACCAAACAAUACCAAGGAUGGUUUCAAGGAAGAACCGAUUACGACGUUCGAGUGGCACCAAGACUGCAUCGCUCAAAACGAACGUCAGAAACAGGCGAUUCAAAACAUCAUCAACCGAACGGCCUAUCCGGCCCCGUACAUCCUUUUUGGUCCACCCGGGACGGGCAAAACUUACACCAUUGUGGAGGCGGUGUUACAGAUCUACAAGCUACGUCCAAAGUCACGCAUCCUUGUGACGGCCACGUCUAAUUACGCUUGCAACGAGCUGACGAAACGGUUACUAAAGUACGUGAAUCAUUCGGACAUUUUUCGCUACUUUUCUGUCAUCGCGGAAAGGGAUAUCCACGGGAUAGAUUUAAAGGUACUAGAGGUAUCGAAUAUGCACUGCGGUAACUACGAAACGCCCGCAAUGGAGGAUUUCACACAAACCCGCAUCCUCGUCUGCACGGUCAUUAAUUGUGGUCGUUUGCUGCAACUGGAGGUUGCUAGAAACAUGUACGACUACAUCUUCAUUGACGAGUGCGGCAGCUGCAAUGAACUGUCCGCACUCGUACCGAUCGGAUGCGUUGGCACGGAUAGUGUGAACAAAAGGCUGCACGCUAGUAUCGUGUUGGCCGGCGAUCCGAAGCAACUGGGACCGGUUACGCGGAUGUCAUAUUUAAAAAACACUCCCCACGAUGUUUCGCUUCUGCAGCGCCUGAUGGAGUUACCGCUUUAUAGUAAAGACAUGAAUAAUAACGAGUACAACCCGGACAUGGUAACGAAGCUACUGGACAACUACCGUUCGCACCGCGCACUGUUUAGAUAUUCCAACGAACAAUUCUAUGAAAGCGAGCUGCGCGCUAAAGGAGCACCCGCCAUAACGAGCUGGGCAGUGAACUGGCAACGUUUGCCGAAUCCAAACUUUCCGAUGAUAUUCCAUUCUGUGAUUGGUCAUAUGAAACAAGAUUCAAUUACGCUCAGUUAUUGGAAUGUGCAGGAAGCGAACAAGGUGUACGAGUAUGUGCAACUGUUGAUGAAGGACCAAAUCAACGGUCGCAUCAUGCAACAGGAAGACAUCGGCAUCGUUACGCCCUAUUCCAAACAGGUGGAGUUCCUUAAGAAUGGGCUUUCGCUGCUCGGUUUCGAUAACAUCGAGGUUGGUUCGGCGGAACAGUACCAGGGACGCGAGAAACCUGUAAUCAUAAUCUCAACGGUGCGUUCGAAUCGCACAACGGUCGGAUUUUUGGCUGAUCCAAGGCGCCUAAAUGUGGUGCUGACACGUGCCCAAGCACUAACCAUCAUCAUCGGUAAUCCCAUAAACUUAGUGACAAACAGCUCGUGGUAUAGCUUCCUGCAACUACUUGAAGCCAACGGUGCACUUAUGGAUAAAAAGUUUAAGUUACAGAAAAAAAAGCCAUCUGAAUGUGAUCUCCGUAAAAUGGAACAGAGCUAUAGGCAAACGUCAUUUGCAUAA